AUGGCAGAAGAAAACGACUCGAAAUCAAGUGUUGAAUUGGCGACAAAACUUGUACAACUCGGAAGAGCUAGGGACGAAACAGAAACGAUAUUACAAGCUGCAAAAGAGAGUGCUAUCAAGAGACAUGUCGAGACAUUGAGAGAGAUAAUAAACGAAGUCAAUAAACUAGUACGAACGAUCGAAGCAGAGAAAAUUACAGCUAAGGAAAACAGCGACGAGAUUGACACAUGGAUCGGUGAAAUAGAGGAGAAAUUAAACGAGGGCGACAAGAAAAUUACUAUUUUAGAACAGUGGUUGAACGAAACGCGAGAGAAACGUGAAUAUAGCGACCAGAAAAAGAAAUUAGACUUUGAAAUGGAACUUCAUGAGGCCAAGAUGAAACUACAAGCUCAACAAAUAAACAAAGAAUCAUCAAAAGAACCGACCUCAA